AUGGGUUUCACACAAAGUCACUAUGAUUACUCUCUCUUCAGUAAAAGAAAAGGUUGUAGUCAAGUGCUAGUUCUCAUCUAUGUAGAUGACUUGUUAGUCACUGGUAGUGAUGUUAUGUUUAUUGAUAAAACUAGAGCAGAUUUACAGAAAUUCUUCAAAAUGAAAGACCUGGGGGAGCUGAAGUUCUUCCUUGGGAUUGAAUUUGCAAGAUCCUCUAAAGGCAUAUAUAUGAGCCAAAGAAAAUAUGCUUUAGAGUUGAUAGCUGAACUUGGUCUAGCAGGAUCAAAAACAACUAGUACCCCUCUAGAAGUCAAUCAGAAGUUAACUACUAUGGAGUUUGACAAAGCAAUAACACCUGCUGCUGAUAAUGAUCCUGUUUUGAGAGAUGCAAGUGUGUAUCAAAGGCUUGUUGGCAGACUGCUAUACCUGACAAUGACUCGACCAGAUAUCUCUUAUGACGUACAAACACUUAGUCAAUUCAUGCAUGCUCCUAAACAAUCACAUCUAGAUGCUGCCACCAGAGUGGUGAGGUAUAUUAAGACUUCUCCAGUCCAAGGUCUGUUAUUACCGGCAGAAGGAGAUGGACAACUAUUAGCAUAUUGUGAUGCAGACCGGGGUGCAUGUUUGCACACAAGAAUGUCUGUUACGACGUAUCUAGUAUUCUGUGGUGAUGCCUUGAUUUCUUGGAAGUCGAAGAAACAAGAAAUUGUUGCAUGA